AUGGCUGAAGGAUUUGAACCUUAUCAUGUCCCACAACAAAGUAGAAGAGAUAAGCUUAGAGUUUUACUUGAUGAAAAUAAUAAUAGUAAUUGUCAAAUCCCCCCUCUUUAUGAUCCAUCUAUUGUUUUAUCUUCAGAUUUAUCAAUUUUUCAAGAAAUUAAUGGCAACCCUUUUCUAUAUACAUCUCAAAUUCCAAGAUUUCUUGAUCAUAAUAAUAAUAAUAGUAAUAGUAAUAGCAAUGGUCAAGGUAAUUUAUCUUUGUCUUUGUCAUCUCUUCAUAAUAAUGACUUGUCUUCGUCUAAGAGUAUUACUACGACUACUAGUUGUGUACCAUUUGGACCUUUUACGGGGUACUCUUUAAUUUUAAAGAGAUCAAAGUUUUUGAAACCAGCACAAAUUUUGUUGGAUGAAUUGUGUCAUGUUACUAAAGGGAUUUAUGUUGAUGAUAGUAAUGAUGAUGCUUCUAAUUUGAUGAUGGAUACUCCACAAGGUUUUACUAAUGGAGAUGAACAAUUUGGGAAAAAGAAAUCAAGGUUAAUUUCAAUGCUUGACGAGGUAUACCAUAAGUACAAGCAAUAUCAUGAGCAACUACAAAUGGUUGUGGCAUCAUUUGAAUCAGUUGCUGGACUUGGAAAUGCAGCACCAUUUGCAAACAUAGCUAUAAAAACUAUGUCAAAACACUUCAAAUGCCUUAAAGAUGCCAUAAUUGACCAACUUCAAUUUACAACAAGCAAAUCUUCACAUGGUCAAAUUAAUUGUGAAAGAGGUGUUGGAAUUUCUGGCAAAGGAAUUUAUUGCCAAAGACAAGAAACUCAACCUGUUUGGAGACCACAAAGAGGGCUUCCUGAACGUGCUGUCACUGUACUUAGGGCUUGGUUGUUUGACCAUUUUCUUCACCCUUACCCCACGGACACUGAUAAAGUUAUGUUAGCCAAACAAACUGGACUCUCAAGAAAUCAGGUUUCUAAUUGGUUCAUCAACGCGAGAGUAAGACUUUGGAAACCUAUGGUAGAAGAGAUUCACAUGCUUGAAACUCGAGAAGGUAAUAAUAAAUCUUCUUCACAUAGAGAAGGACCUAACAACAACAACAACAACAACAUCGAUAACAAUAAUCCAAUUGAACAUUUUCCUAUGAGUAAUUCAAAUGCAUGUGAAAGUAAAACACCAUCUACAUCAACAUCAAGAUUAGAAGACCUUCCAUCUAAACGAACUCGAAAUGAGUUAACAAAUAUUCCCAAUAAUAUUGGAGGAAUCGCGGAUUCAAUAAAUUUAUCCUAUGGAAAUUUGUCAACUGGAGUUGGUGGUGGUGUAUCGUUAACGUUAGGGCUUCAUCAGAACUCCGGUAAUAUUGGUUUAUCGGAGCCAUUUCCGAUGAAUGCAGCUAGACGUUUUGGUAUCGACAAUAAUACGAGUAGUGAAAGGGUUAUUUUUGGUGGAUUUGAUGAACAAAAUGGACAAUUUGGAAGAAAUAAUAGUAUGGUUGGUGGGCAAUUCUUGCAUGAUUUUGGUGGUUGAAUGAACAAAGCGGAACGUCUAGUGUGACAUCGUUAUUUUUUGACAUAUUUGAAAGGUUAUAUUUUAUUGUAUGCUAUUAAUACUUGCUCUGUUGUUUCGUCCAAACAGUUAUGAGGUGUAAAUUAAAUUGGAGGUUGAUCACAAGGUUCUUGAUUUUAAAAGAUACAUUUCAAUUUCA